AUGCGCCACGUCGGGUCGCAUCUCAAGUCCCUCGUCCUCUCCCGAGCUCUCCAGGGGGCCGCCGCGUCUCACGCCGCAGGGGACGCCGCAACAACAGUCAACGUUUGGGAGAACGAGGAUCUGAGCUUGCAUCUGCGCCACGUGGCAAAAUACUGCACGUCGUUGCGAUCGCUCUCUCUGGGUUCGCUGUCGCUGUCGUCGUCGCUCCUCUCGUCGCCCACCUCUCGCCUGCCAACCAUGCGACACUUGGAGCACCUGUCGCUCUCCUGGAUUCACGCGUCCACUGAGAGCCUCCAGGCCAUCCUCGACGCGGCGCCUAACCUCCGCCGCCUCUCAAUUUUCAUGGCCACGGGCAGCCCGCGGAUAAAUCUUCGCCUGCCCGCUACACUGGAGCAUGUCGAGCUGGCGUACAUGCGCGCCGAGUCGUGCACGCUUUCGAACGCGCGCUCCCUCCGCUCGCUCUCCGUCCGCGACAUGUUCAUCCGCUCCGUCCAAAUUCACGGCGCUUCGGAUCUUCGCCACGUGGCAGUCGCGAGCGCGAGUCUGCUGGAAAUCACCGCCCCGGAGUCGGCGAAAAUCUCGUCGCUCAAUCUGAAAGCGGGGUCUUUCUGCUGGACGGCGAUGCAGACGCUUGUGCAAUCCAACGGUUCAGAACUCACCUCCUUGUCUCUGGACUUCUUCUCGGCAGGUUUGGGUGCCCUUACCUCGAGCAUCUUCUCCCUGACAUGGCUCGCAGCUAUGUGUCCGAACCUGAAGGCGCUCAGCUUCGGCGCGCUGCCGUGGCAGCUGGUCGUGUCCUGGGCUGUGGCCUCAGGGGUGCUCCAGUCCGCCGGCGCUGCCACGUCAGCGCGGUGGCCGCAGCUGGAGGAGCUAAAGGCCGAGAUGGCCGAGAUGGACGAGGGAGAGGAGUACGAGGAAGAGGAGGGCGAGGAUGAAUGCAUGCAACAAGAGGAGGUGGAGGAAGAAGCAGAGGACGGCGAGGAAGCAGUUCCGGAACGAUUCCGUCGAAGCGUUGUGAUCGCGCAUGGCGGUUCAGCCUUCCUCAGAAGAGCCGCACCUGCAGUGGAAUACCGCGACCAGGAAUACCACGCGAAGGCAGCGAGCAAGCAGGAGCUGUUUAUGAAGGGGUUGAUGUGCCUGCAGCAGCGAUUUUCCCGGGUAAACUUGUGCCUACCAGUCCUGUACAGAUCGAGCAGCGCGUGA